AUGGCGAGAGAUGUCGCCAAAAGAUGCUGGUAUCCAGUGUUGGCUUUGGUACUGAACCUAUCCUGCCUUCAUGCUGGCGAGCGAUGGUCACGCCAGCUGACGGAGUUUGGCGGCGUGCCAGGCAACGACUGGGUCCCCGUAGCUCAACCUUGCCCCAACUGUCGACCCGGAGAUCGACAAGCCGGUGCCAAGGUGCUAAACUACUUCGAUAACACCGCCUUUCUGGGCAACGACAACAGCGCCCAGCCUCAGCAUCAUCAUUUGACCUUUGUGAAUCAACCGUUUCCACAACCGGGCCAGUCAAGCCGAGUGGCUUUUCCGCCACCUCCGGUGGCUCAGCCUCUUCAGCAGGAAUUUGAGUCUGUUUUUAACCAACCAUUCGGAAGCCACCAGUCGUUUCUUCAGCAGUCUCCCUUCGGAGCGAUACAGUCCGUCCAGAGGCACCCGGUGCCUGUCUACAACUCACAAUCGUCAGUUAAAGAUUCACUAGUCCAGGAGAAGCCAUCCGUUGUUGAACAACAAUCUCAGUUCCCGUUCCCACUGCAGCAGCAAACACCUGCGAACAAUCUACGGCAAAAUCAACCAGCGGGAGGUAUUUCCCAAGAAGAGGUUCAACUGCUUUACGUGCCAGUGGAAACUUUGUACAACCAAAAGCCCGGACAACAGGAAACUGGUAGAUUCAAUGGCUUCCCUCAGCCGGUCAGUGCUUCGCUUAUAAAUGAUUUCUAUACAGCCGCCACGACAACACCAAAACCACGAACCACCAGCACUGUAUUCACUACUAAAACAACGACGAAAGCACCCCAAGUCACUAAACCUAAGCCAAACCAGCCUCCGCUGGCGAUGUUCAUGUACAACGAUGACAAACAGUCUAAGGUCACAAUAUCCGAUGCUCUAGGUAAUCUGAAAAAUGUGAACCAAAUUGCCGUGUUGGACAAUCUCAGCAAGAACUUGCCCAAAGUGUUUAUCGGUCCCUCGGGACUGGCUCCUCCUAAGGGAUAUUCCAAGUUCGAACUUCCGUAUCUCUCCAGUAUUGAUCAGAGUCGGUUCGAAAGAAAGUUGAACGAUCUUCCAUUCUUUGUGGCACCCCUGAGCUACAAAACUCCCAACGGAUUCUCGAAAAUUCCUCUGCCAGCUCCUCACGUAGGAUCGGUAAUCGUACAGCAGGCAGCUAGCAGUCCAGUGAGCAACUACUACCGUCAACCCGACAACAUAGAAUACUACCAACCAUCGACCUUGAAGUUCACUGAACCGACCACGAAACCUCCAAUUACGCUACCGGCCAGCAAACCACAGUACGAUUCGGAUCACUAUACUUCUCCAACGAGCAAACCCACCACCGACCGAACCAACUACAGCCGAGGAAACACGCAAAUUCCUCAGGAAGUCUACCGACAACCACAGACUGACCGUGCACUUUAUACACACUCACCGUUCAACAGCGUCAACAAUCAGCCCAAUCGACACAUCGUCAACGAAGAAUACUUCAAUCUAGCCAAGACCAAGAAACCAGCCACUCAGAGUUCAACACCAAACUACACUCCGAAAACAUACAAACCAUUUGAGUUCAAACCUAUUCCUGAUCUUAAGAUUCCUCUCUUUGGUAACGCGGAGGAACAACCACCAAUCUUCACGACUCCGAAGCCAACAACGACAACCGAGCAACCGCACACGACCCGACAGGAAGAAAUCCGCAUGAAAGCACACUUCAAAGAGGAAAACUUCCGCGGCCGUCGUCCGUACACUGCACCGACCGUAGUCCCGCAGUACGAAACGGAGGAAAUCACCGGACCCGUCGGAGCCGGUCACGAGGAGGAACAUUUCGUUCACAAAUUCCGACUGGUAGACUCGGUUCGUCCGCAAACUACGCAACCACCCAAGUCCGUGAUCGACAAUGGGUUCCUGGAUUUCUUCUCGCAGGACAACCACGACACGCUGAAAACCGUUGUACCCGGUAACGGAGGAGGACAUCAGAUUGUUCGGAAUAACUACUUCACUCCGAAUAAUAACAACAACAAUGAGGAACUUCCGAAGCAGAAGUUUGUCAGCACUUACUACGUGCCGACAACGACUCCGUCGACUACCAGAACUACCACCACUACAACUGUUGCUCCGAAAACGACGCUCGAUAAUUUCUUCAAAGACUUCGAAGAGAAGAGUAACCGUUUUGCCUCCGAUCGUCCACGAUUUACCCAAAAGCAGGUUCAACCGGUGGAACAGAGCUACAAUACGGAGUCCUUCCGGUACAACGACGAGUCGUACAUCAAUAAGUAUCGUUACGAGACGAAUACCAACAGUGAACCCCACUAUCCAGUGGAAGUGGUAACCACUCAGGACCCAAUUCGGUACGAUACAACCAGUGAGGCCAGCUACGAAACCACCCCUUCCUCCAAUAAGUCUUACAACAUUCCUUCCGAACUGCCACCAAUCAGCGCGAACCUUCCCGGUCUGGUUAACUCACUCAUGGAAGACGAAUGGUCACCUCAGAAGAACAACAACGAACAGCAGACGAAUGUCCCAGCAAGCGGAACCACCCCAACGAAAGGUCACUUCAGAAAAACAAAUUACCGAACUUCAACUCAACCACCGCCAACAGGGACACAAGAGCCGUACUAUACGGAAGUCACCACACGGCGAAGCCGUGGAAGGCGCCCAACAAGCAGUACUACCCAAAGUGAUUCUGCCGCACCAACCCGCUCUACUACGAUCAACCGAAGCCGCUCGCGGUACGUUCCGUCCAGCGAAGAACGAUCGGCCACACGAGGAAGAACCAGAACUCGUCUGAACAACAGUGGCUCCCGUGUCGUGAAAGAGGAGGAAAAUCUCGACUACCAGCGAGAUGUACUCAAACAGAACUAUCCGGUAAUUCGUACUUCGAACUCGCAAAGCACAACGACCACCUCGACGGCUGCACCACCCCCACCGCCGACGACCAGCAGCACCACAACAACCUAUGCAACGACCAUGCCGCUAACCUAUCAACAAAUCUACGAAGAACAAACCGAGCGUGUGAAUCUUUACCCGAUGACUCAAACCGAACACAUUCCGGAAGUUCCGAACGUCGAGGAAGUCUCCAUUCCCAAGAAAGAGUCGUCCACGUUCACCGAAAACUACGAAGCCGAUCUAACGAGUCCCUUCAUACCAACCACCAUCCGGCAGUACGAACGUGACCAGCAAAACAUCCAACCGGAUGAAGAAUCCAUUCGUGUUUUACCGGUCAACCAUCAACCGGCGGUUGAAUCCCAUCGUGAAGCGCCAGCUAAAUCCGUAGAAAUCCAACGCGAUCAGUACAGUGCAGUGUACAACACCCGACGCCAACCACCGGUUCGAACGGAAGAACCAGCGACUACCACCCACCUCUACCAACCGGACGAGGAUCAGGAGGUCCGCAAAGUAGAAAUUACCCCAAGGCCACGCAGACCGCUAUCGCGACAACCCGUCUACUCACCACGGACAACCACAGAACGAGUGACCACCGAACGUACUACAACGGAACCUUCGUCGAGGGGAGGCUCGUCACAGCGUCGGCCACCAUUCAUAAGACGUCCGGGACGUCCCACGUACACGACCACCACGGCGCCGACGACGACGUACUCGAGCCGAGGAACCGCUGGCGAUGAUGAACCGUCCUCGCAAGGAUCAAUUACCGUGCGUCCAAAAACUCGCCACGACAUCCUCCGCAACAGAACCCGUCGCCCUGUGACGACCACCCAGACGCCAGCUACAACCGCUUCUCCAGAGCCUUCGGUCACUAGAGGGUUCGCGAGAACCAAGGAGCUUCGAAGGGUGUCUCCCACUAUUCGAUCUAGACAAGAACAACAACAAUCAGAAAAGCAGCAGACCGAAACGCAGACGACCCAGACGCCAAGAUUCCGCAUUCGCGAGCGAACUCGCUUCGGUCUCCAGCCACAGGAAAGUCAAUGGUCCACCAAGCUGGCGUACAGCACCUUCCAACCGAUCCAGAACGUAGAAUCUCGAAGCAAAAACUUCGGCAUUCGAGAGCACCAUCCGAUCGAACCGGAACCGGAGAUCGUCACGGCCAGUCCCUACCGGCAAGCGGAGGAAGACGUUCAGUAUGUGAAUGUUUCAGCCAAUCUGGCAGGAGCACCAACCGCACCGUCCGGUGUAAUAACGAACGAAGUAGCCCUGAGCCAGCUGCCGCCGCAGGCGGAGGACUCCUCUGACGAUAGCAAUGUGCCCUCAUUCGCCGACCUACUGAACGAUGUGAUGAAAGAAUACAUCGACGACCGUCGGCAACCGCAAGCGGGAAGUAAAACCGUCGAAAACGAAGUCGUCAUCAGUGACGAUAACCCGCGGCCCGUCGAAUCACUGCGUAAACUUAACAAGGAACGAAAACCCAUUCACAUACGGAGCGGGAACGGAAUCAAUUUCCGCAAACGAAGUCGCUCCCAUGCGGUGGAUUCAUUCGAAACGGCUGAAUCGCAACACAUCAAUACCCACGUAUUCAACAGGGCUGGUUUUGAACCGCUGAAGAACAUCGAAAAGGCCGAACUGAGAGGAAAAAACCUCCUUGAUGAAGCCAAAGGAAGUGGCACGCCCACAACGCAAGAAAGUCCAUCCGAAGACUCACAGAGUGCAGUGGAAGCCGACCUCCCGGAAACUACUCUCGCUCCGCUCCCAGAAACAACAACCUCAGCGUUUGUAGAAACCACAUCCAUCCCGGAAACAACCUCCAUCCUCCCAACGGAAAGGGAACCCACCACCCAACCUCCAGCGAUCGAUACCAAAUUCGGCGACGAAGAGCAAGCUUCCACCGAGCAGUUCUACGACGAGGAAGCCGAACCAGCGCAGGAGCUGCCCACCCCAAUCACGAAGGACGCCACCAACCGGGGCAUUUUUGCCGACGUAAAAAAGCAACUCUCCGACCUGUUCGCAAUGGCCGAAACUGAUCCGGACACGGAAGAACUGGAAGACGACGAACGCUUUUCGCCGUCUUUGACGGCACCGGCGGACCACCAGCAACAGUACCAUGGCGCGGAACGCACCAGUACGGUCGAACCACCGACCGUGGACGCGAUCACCUCCACAAUCGCACCCGAGCUGCUGCUGGUGCCAAGCCAGCAGCCACCAGAUCAAGAAGCGGCCGCUAACGACGACGAUGACAACGACGACGGCGUUAACGACGCGACAGAACCGCCGUCGCCAACCAGUCCAGUUCAAGUUCAAGUUGCCAUGGGCCCGGUGCCCAUCCCGACCUCGACGUCCAACGGGAUCACACACGAAACCGAAAUCUGCUACCGGGGGCGGUGCAUCAAGACGGACCAGAAAAAGCUGAAGAAGAGCAAGUUUAAACCAAAUUAG